GACGAUGCCUGGGCGUAGGUGUUGGGGGGCGCGCCCCCGCCUCCUGCAGUGACUCCGCCGCCACCCCAGCCAUGGCCCCUCCUCCCCGUAACGCCUCCAUCCGCCGCCGCCGCCGCUGGCACGGCCUGCCGCAGCUGGUGGCGGUGACAGCCUUCACACUAGUCUUCGUGGGGUCCGCCAUCUUGCUGCAAGAUGCGCCCUCCAGCCAGCGGGCGUCACCGCGAGCCUUGCGCUCACUCGGCUCCGUCAGGGCGUCGCGGACGCUCCUGCAGACGUCCACCACAGAGUUAACUGAAUAUGACGUAGAGACGUCAACGACGUUUCUUAACGAAACGACGCUAGAGAAGGUGGCCGACCCGCUCUUCCCGCCAGAUAUAUUCACUCUUCAGCAGCGGAGGGAAGGCGCCAUAGUGCUUCACGUCAUAGGAAUGAUAUAUAUGUUUGUGGCUCUUGCUCUCGUGUGCGACGAGUUCUUCGUCCCCGCCCUUGACGUCAUCAUCGAAAAGCUUCAAAUAUCCGAGGACGUGGCCGGCGCCACCUUCAUGGCCGCCGGCGGGUCGGCGCCCGAGCUCUUCACCUCCGUCAUCGGCGUCUUCAUCAGCUUCGACGACGUGGGCAUCGGUACUAUCGUCGGGUCGGCUGUCUUUAACAUUCUGUUUGUGAUCGGCAUGUGUGUGUUGUUCUCCAAGACUGUGUUGGACCUGACUUGGUGGCCGCUGUUCCGCGAUGUGACUUUCUACAGCACGGCACUGCUGCUGCUGGUGUCCUUCUUCAGUGAUAACAAAGUGUACUGGUACGAAGCCCUCAUCCUCUUCCUCAUGUACAUCGCCUACUGCCUCUUCAUGAAGUUCAACUCUGGCGUGGAACACUUCGUGAAGAAGCACCUCAACAGGAACAAGGUGACGCGAGUGUGCUCCACGGACCAGCUGGUACCCAACGUGAGUACACAUUCCCCCCCUCACCGUACCGUGUACCGUGCUCUCACACCUCCUCUCUUCCUCUCACACAUAACUCCUCCCUUAAUGCUCCUAAACCCAUACAUUUUGGCUUGGAUCCAACAUGCUAACUUACCACUUAAACCACUCGCUUUGGGUGCCACGUUUGAGGUGAAUUUCCAUGGAUGAAUGCUCGGAAAAACUUUUAUCUCUCUCCCUUGCAACAUGAUCAAAACGUUCACACAUUCAACACACAAAACACUCAUUGCUAAACUAAUACUUUUCCUGUAAACACUUUGAUUUCUUAUUUCAUUAAUUAACAACAACCACUAAACUUUCAGUAGAGUUUCCUGGGAAGAAUUUCCUGGCAGAGGAAAAUAGUUGUGUAAUUUGUGUGGUUGUCACCAGCGGUGUUGCCAUCAUG